GGUUGACUGCAUCUUCAAAGCAGCGAGAAAUUUCGCAUUCGCAUUGAAGUGCGGGGAGGGUUUGUGCAUUGCGAGGAGCUGAGGAAUAGGAUCCCUUCUCUUUCUUCUCCCCUCUUCCCUUUUCGGACUCUAUUUCUUCCUUCUUCCUUUUUUUCCUUUUUUUGGUACGACGGACCCUAUUUCUUCCAAUCAAGCAUGUUAUAGAAAAGGAAAGUUCUUUUUCUCUUUCCGAUUUUGUCCUCCACUCUUUCCCUUUUCUCACUUCUAUCCUUUUUCUUAUCCCCGCACCUUCGAUUUCCUUGCUAUAGCUGCCACUUGAAGCCGUCUGUCAAUUGUAAUUUAGUACCAGGGUUUAGACCUGAUCGUUGAUCAAAUUCUGUUGAAUGGAGCCUCGAGUGGGGAACAAAUUUCGUCUUGGCCGGAAGAUUGGUAGCGGAUCUUUUGGGGAGAUCUAUCUUGGUACUAAUAUUCAGACAAAUGAAGAGGUCGCAAUUAAGCUCGAAAAUGUCAAGACCAAACACCCUCAGUUGUUGUAUGAAUCAAAGCUGUAUAAAAUACUGCAAGGAGGAACCGGAAUCCCAAAUGUUAGAUGGUUUGGUGUUGAAGGAGACUACAAUGUGCUGGUGAUGGAUUUACUGGGGCCCAGUCUUGAAGAUUUGUUCAAUUUUUGUGGUCGGAAAUUGUCACUUAAAACUGUUCUAAUGCUUGCUGAUCAGAUGAUAAAUCGAGUUGAAUUUGUUCAUUCUAAAUCAUUUUUACAUCGGGACAUCAAGCCGGACAACUUUCUCAUGGGUUUAGGAAGGCGUGCAAACCAGGUAUACGUCAUCGACUUUGGUCUUGCAAAGAAAUACAGAGACACUUCUACCCACCAGCAUAUUCCUUACAGAGAGAAUAAGAAUUUGACAGGAACUGCUAGAUAUGCUAGCAUGAAUACUCAUCUUGGAAUUGAGCAAAGUCGCAGGGAUGACUUAGAGUCACUUGGAUACGUUCUCAUGUACUUUUUAAGAGGAAGUCUUCCUUGGCAGGGACUGAAAGCUGGUAAUAAGAAGCAGAAGUAUGAGAAGAUCAGUGAGAAGAAAGUUUCGACUUCUAUUGAGUCUCUCUGUCGUGGAUAUCCCUCUGAAUUUGCAUCAUACUUCCAUUACUGUCGAUCUCUGCGUUUCGAUGAUAAGCCAGACUAUGCUUAUCUGAAAAGACUUUUCCGUGACCUUUUCAUUCGUGAAGGAUUCCAGUUUGAUUAUGUCUUUGAUUGGACCAUCUUGAAAUAUCAGCAAUCCCAUAUUGCUACUCCUCCUGGACGUGCUAUUGUUCCUGGUGCUGGACCAAGUUCUGGCAUGCCACCAGUUGUUGCAAAUGCUGAUCGACAAUUAGGUGGGGAAGACGGCAGACACCCUGGUUGGUCUUCAUCAGAUCCUACUCGUAGGAGAAAUUCAGGACCUAUUGCUAACGAUGUCAUCUUAUCUAGACAAAAAGCCCCAGUUCCAAGUGACUCAAAUAUAUCAAAAGACGGAAUGUUGUCUGCUUCUAAUUUUUUCCGCCCAAGCGGAUCUUCAAGGCGAGCUGCAGUUUCUAGCAGCCGGGAUGCAACUAUUGUUGGCAAUGAGACCGAGCCCUCUCGCCCUCUUGCUGUUGAUGCCAGUCCAGGAGCACUGCGUAAAAUCUCUGGUGCUCAAAGAAGUUCGCCUCUUGUAUCAGUAGAGCAGAGCAGAACAUCAUCUGGCAGGAGCCCAGCAAACAUUAAGAAUUUCGAGUCUGCUCUGAGAGGCAUUGAGAGUCUUCAUUUCAAUGAUGAAAGGGUACAAUACUAGCAGCUGCCUCCUUGUGAUCUCUGGUCUCUGUAAAUUCUGAUGAGUUUCAUACUUUCAUACUUUUGAAAUGAAGUGUUGUCUAUGCUUUGUUUUGGAGGAAAGCUGCAACAAGUGUGAGUGGUCACUAUAUGAAGAACACAAUAAAGAAACACUUUUGUGGCUUCCUGAAUUCUGAUUAUACUGAUAUUUUGGCCUAGUAAAAAGGCCUGUGUUCAUACCCUUAAUUGUCUAGUCACUUUCUCAUGCUUAA